AUGGUCACGACCAACGCGACCUACUCAACCCGCAACCCCAUCACCUCAUACAACCAGACCAUAACUCCCAUUGACACCGCAUGGCCUCCGACCAAGACCCAUCCCGGCCAGCCCAAAGACUGUGACAAAUGGUAUUUAGUUGCGCCAGGAGACACCUGCAGGUCAAUUUACCAGCGCCACGGCAACAGCAUAACCAUGGACGAGCUACUGGAAUGGAACCCCGACCUUAAAGCAGACUGCGACUACCCCAUCGCCGGCUACUGGGUGUGCGUGGGUAUCAAACGUCCCGCUCUAACCAUAAUCUAUCCCACCACCAACGACACAGUCCCCGAUCCCACUCCCUGGACGCCGCGUCCCACUCCAACGGAGACAUCCGUCUACCCACCGACCAAAACCCAACCCGGUCUCGCCCCAAGCUGCUCUGCCUUUUACGAAGCUCAGCCUUCCGACACCUGCGACCAAAUCCUCGCCAGCAACCCCAUGCUGAAAUUUCCUCUCCUGUUGGAAUGGAACCCAGCCCUGAAAUCAGACUGCUCCGGUAUCCUUCCAGGCUACUUCUACUGCAUCGCAGCCUACAACGACACCAACCGCCCCGCCCCGCCCACCGUCACUAACCAACCCUAUCCGCUAAAGCCAGGCACAGCCAAGAACUGCACGGCCUGGUACAAGAGUGAUGAUGGUGAUACGUGCGACUUGAUCGUGGAGAUGUUUGGCACGUUCGAUAAAGCACAGUUUGUGGCGUGGAAUCCCGAUAUCGGUGUUGAAUGCUAUGGUUUGGAGAGCGGCUACUACUACUGCGUCGCCGACCCCAGCACUCCCAAGACUCGAACAAGGCCCGUAAUUACUGCCAUGAGCUUCCCCACGGCCCAUCCGCGUCGUCAACCGGGCGUUACUAAGGACUGUAAUAAAUGGUGGCUUGUGUCGAUUCACGACGACUGCUACGACAUCAUGCACUUUAACGGCAUCACCAUGGCAGAUCUGUAUACCUGGAAUCCGGCUCUCUCGGGAAAGAGAAACUGUCUGGAGGGGUUGGUUCCUGAUACGGAGGUUUGUGUGGGUGUUAUGUCGUCGUCGUCUUCUACUACUGCUGCUCCUUCGAGUACUGUUCCAGAUGCUUCUUUUAGGACUGGAUUGGUUACAGUUAUUGGGGGAAGGGAUUGA